UACUGAGGAACAAACAGACCCGAUGGCGCUGAAAGAGGAGAGUCAAGAACUGAAUGAAACGGAAGAGAGAGAUCAAAAUGAAAAACAGCAUGAUUUCAAAACUGAAGAAAAAUCGAUUGGUUGCUCACAGACUGAAAAGACUUCCUCACCAAAAAAAGCUCAAAAAACACAAACUACAAACCUUAAUUCCCACUUGAGAAUUCACACUGGAGAGAGACCUUACACCUGCGAAGAGUGUGGGAAGAGUUUCACACGUAAAGGAAACCUUAAGACUCACAUGAGAAUUCACACUGGAGAGAGACCAUUCAUAUGUGAUCAGUGUGGAAUGUAUUUUACGCAUAAAAAAACGCUUAAUGUCCACAUGAAAACUCACACUGGAGAGAGACCUUACACCUGCAAACAGUGUGGGAAGAGUUUCAAACGAAAUGGAGAUGUUACGUCUCACAUGAGAGUUCACACUGGAGAGAAACCAUUCGUAUGUGUUCAGUGUGGAAAAAGUUUUAAACAGAAAAGACUCCUUAAUUCCCACAUGAGAAUUCAUACUGGAGAGAGACCUUUCAGCUGCAAACUGUGUGGAAAGAGUUUCAUAUGUAAAGAAAACUUUAGGACUCACAUGAGAGUUCACAAUGAAGAGAGACCGUUCAUAUGUGCUCAGUGUGGAAAGAGUUUGAGAUAUAAAGAAAGCCUUAAUUAUCACAUGAGCACUCAUUCAAGAGAAAACGGUUUUAAAUGUCAUCAGUGCGAAAGGAGUUUCUCAGACACGAAUCGCCUUAAGAAUCAUGUUCAAAUUCACAUCGGAGAAAAGCCUUUCUUGUGCCAUCACUGUGGAAAGAGUUUAAAAAACACUGCAAACCUUCAGAAACACGUAAGAGCUCACACUGGAGAGAAACCUUUCACCUGCAAACAGUGUGGAAAGAGUUUCGCAGUAAAAAGGAACCUAAAGAUUCACAUGAGAGUUCACACAGGAGCGAGACCUUACAAGUGCCUUCAUUGCGAGAAGAGUUUCAAGUAUCUAAAUGAACGGAAUCAUCAUUUACAAACUCAUUCUGGGAAGAAAUUGCCGUUUUCCUCAGAGUGACCAGGUUUA